CUCUCUCUUCUCUCUCUCUCUCUAAAUAUAUAAGAGCGUGUGUACUGUAUAUAGUUCCAGUUUCUUGAACACACAAUAAAUUCUCUGAAUCAAUAUGGAGAUCAAUGGUAGUAUCAUUGGCAUGAUGAAGAAGACGACUCAAGGCCGGAAAAAAAUUGAAAUAAAGAAAAUCGAAAAUCUGAGCAAUAGGCAAGUCACCUUCUCCAAGCGCCGAGGAGGGCUUUUCAAAAAAGCCAGUGAACUCUGCAUACUGAGUGGCGCAGAAAUCGCCAUUAUCGUCCAUUCUUUAGGCAAACGCGUGUUUACUUUCGGUCAUCCUAACAUCGAUUCAAUAAUUGAACGCUUUCUGAAUGGAAGCAGCAGGAAUUCUGAAUCCAACUCUCAGGCCCUCGUGGAAAAUAACUUCCCAAACAUGCCGGACUACAACAGGCAUUAUUCGCAUAUUUCGAGGGAGUUAGAGGUGGAGAAGAAGCGCAAAGAGGCAAUAGACGAGGCCAAAAGGGUGGACGACGGUAGUGACGGAUUCUGGUGGGAUGCGGCGGUGGACGGCCUGGAAUUGGAUGAACUCGAACUUUACAUGACGAAGUUGGAAGAGUUAAUGAAAAAUGUGAAUAUAAAAGCCAAUGAUCUUAUGCUGUUACAUAGUUCGAGUUCAUUGGCUGCUGGUGCCCCCAUGACUGGAUUUAAUCCGACCAUUGAACCAUGUUCCUUCGAUGAUAUUCUGGUGAAUCAGAACCACAUUGGUAACUACGAUUAUGGCAAUUGCAUUGCUCCGUUUGGUGAUUUCGGACAACACGGUUAGGUUAGUUUAGUUUAGCUUCACCAGUUAGUUAAUUAGCUCAAUAAGGGAAAUUUUGCAUGAUUUUUUGCGGAAUUUUUGUUGCAGAAUUUUAUGGUUCUGCAGACUUCAAUUUUUUGUCCAUCUCUUGCUAAUAAC